GGGUAACUAAGACCAAUCACACAAUUACCAAAACAUUUUAUAUAGUAUAUAGUGACGUGUGUUUUCCACACAUACAAAGUUUUCCACACACCAAAAAUUUUCCAUUUUCAUGCGGAAAAUCAUCCAUAUGUAAAAUUGUGCGGCAUUAGACGUGCGGUUCGACGAAGGACGAAAAACUCCAAGGAUUUUAUAUCAAGUGAAGUGUGUUUUUUUUGAAGUGCCAUAUUUUUUGUGGAAUUUGGAAGUUUUGGAAGCGGCGAAGAAGUGUUUUGUUGGCUUAGUGUUUCUGUGUGUAUUCAAUAAAAAUAUGUGUGUUUAAAUGUGUGUAGUAAAAGAGGUUAUCUUUGUUUAGUGUUUAUUGAAUGAUAUUAGUGUUUGAGAGAGAGAGGUGUAUAUGUAGAGAAGCAAAACAGAAAUAAAAAAAAACUACCUUAUAGUGUGUAUACACGGCUACGAACCUGUAUUUCCAAGCAUUGGAAUUAGGAUUAUGCGCGGGAAAUAUCGAAACGUACAUGAUAGCUGUUGAACAACAGGCCCGAGAACGUUUAGAACGAUUAUCAGCACUAUUUCGUAUUAAACCAGUGGAUAUAAAUAAACUAUCACAACAGCUAAAUCAACAAUCAAACAGUCUAACAUCAACAUCUGCCCGCAGUACUCAGGAAACAAAUGGCUUCAUUGAAAACUCCCCAAUCUAUGUGACAUCAUUACCCAAUACCGAACCAUUAGUGAGCAAUCACGUGACAUCAUCAUCAGCAGCAUCCUCAGCAUUAGUGAAUAAUGUAACAUCAGCAUCCUCAACGACAGCAACAGUGAAAAAUGAAAUUGUAGUGCCUGCAAUUGUAAAUUCCUCAUCCACACAACCGAAUCAUUCAUUAUCAUCACAUCAUACGUCACAAUUAGUGGAUAAAGUUGACGCAACUAAAUCACCCAAGUCACCAAAAUCAUCUUCAACGCAACAUACGCCUCCGACGCCACACCAUAAUAAAAGUCAACAUCAAUCGCCUGCAGCAAACUUAAAAGGACCAACAACACAAGCUACAUUACUACAGCAAAAUAAAAUACCAAAUAGUACGACUAGUAGUGGAAUCGCGGCGAGUGUACCUAGUCCGGGAUUGCCUGGUUCUGGAGCGGGGGUUAUCACACAAAACAAUCAUACGACGGUGACAAAUAAUUUAAAUAAUAAUAAUAAUAAUAUUCAACGACCAUUAAGUGAGCGAAGAGCAUCAUCGCCUUUCCAGAACGGCCGAACGGAAGUGUUAAUUGGUGCCGAUGAUAAUAAAUUUAAGACAACAGCUAUUGUUGAGAAUACGACACGAUUAGGUGUGGAUUGUGAAACAACUAGGGGUGUACGCCGACGAUCCGGUAGCAGCGUACUAGUAUUAGACGAUGAGCCGGUAAAACAACCACCAUCUUCCACAAACGAUAUGGUGAUGAUGUUAGCGGGCGGGGGAGGUGUUGUUGUCACUGAUAAUGGACCACAUCGUGAGAUGGCUGUUGACGUGCCAGAUAGUUUUGUGGCACGUAACAAAACACCACCACGGUAUCCACCGCCAAAGCCACCGGCACCACCGCCACGUGAUCAUUUACGAAUUGAACAAGAUGGACGCUUAGUGAAUCGUGCUCAACCGCCACAAUUACCACAACGUACCGCAGCGAAUAGUGUUGCACCCACAUCACAAUCACAACAACCACCCACAUCAUUAAUUAAUAAUAAUAAUAACAAUAAUAAUAAUAAUUAUCAUAAUAAUACAACGGUGUCAACAUUACCAGCUGGUGCGACCAUAAUAUCACCGACAACAACGAUACCAACACCAUUAACGACACAACAGCAAGCUGUAAAUAAUAAUAGUUUACAAGAGCAACCAACUAGAGAGCAGUUAGAAAGUAUUCGAAAGUUUCAGGAACAAUUACGUAAACGAAAAGAAGAAGAAGAUCGUUUAGCACAACAAAGUGAAUUUCUACGACAUUCGUUACGUGGUUCACGUAAAUUACAAGCAUUAGAAAGUGGGGCACAAUCAGCUGCCCAUGAUAAUGACGCUUAUAGUUCGUGUGAUGAGGGUGCCGAUGAUAGCGAAGAACCGCCAAUACGUGUUCAUGAAGCAAUUAGUUAUGGUACAUUAGUAGCAUGUUUGCAACGAUUACAGCUACAAUUGAAGAAACAUGGUGGAAGUGGGGUUGCGGGGCUUGAAGGACGCGCGGCGGCUGUACAAUCAUUACUGUUAAGUCCAGCAUUUGGACGUGCUGUCACUGUACAUAAUGCUGUGCAAGCUGUACGGAGACCUGGGCAAGGAAUACCGGAGCCUGCUGGACCUGCGCUACGUGAAUGUUUGGAUGCCUUAGCGGGUGCAUGCGGGAGUUCAGAUGCCGCAGCUGAAUUAGCUGAUAUUCUUACAGGAUAUGAAAUGGAAGGAUUAUUAUCGGCAUAUGAUGGCGUAGCACAAGUAAUCGCUUCAGAUAGUCCUUUACUACAAGAUGGCGGAAAUAACACGUUAAAAUCUGGUUUAAAAUCAAUAAUACCAACUCAAACGAAUCAACAAGAUGGUGAUAGUAAUAUUCGUAUUGUAACAAUUGAAAAGAGUAACGAACCUUUAGGGGCAACGGUACGAAAUGAAGGUGAAGCGGUUGUUAUUGGACGUAUUGUACGUGGAGGUGCGGCCGAUAAAAGUGGUUUAUUACGUGAAGGUGAUGAAGUAUUAGAAGUGAAUGGUGUUGAGUUACGUGGUAAAAGUGUAAAUGCUGUCUGUGAUCUAUUAGCGGGUAUGACCGGUACAUUAACGUUCCUCGUGGUACCGGCACAACCACGUGGAAAUAUUCCACCACCUCCUCGCGAUAGUGUCUUACAUGUACGUGCACAUUUUGAUUAUGAUCCCGAAGAUGAUUUGUACAUUCCAUGUAGAGAAUUGGGUAUUAGUUUUCAGAAAGGUGAAGUUUUACACGUGAUUAGUCAAGAAGAUCCAAAUUGGUGGCAAGCAUACCGAGAAGGUGAAGAAGACCAAACGUUAGCAGGUUUAAUACCAAGUAUGGCAUUCCAACAUCAACGUGAAUCUGUUAAACAAACUAUUGGUGCGGAUACAGAUAAACGCGCUGAUAAACCACACAAAGCUAGUACGUUAUUAUGCGCACGGAAACCUAGGAAAAAGGGUAAACGUGCAGGAGCAUGUCAUGAGUCUGGCUAUCCAUUAUAUACGGCAGCUGUAGACGAUUUAGACCAAGAUGAAAUUCUCACAUACGAGGAAGUAGCAUUAUAUUACCCACGUGCCAAUCAUAAACGGCCUGUUGUAUUAAUCGGUCCACCAAAUAUUGGUCGACACGAAUUACGACAACGUUUAAUGGAAGACAGCGAACGAUUUGCCGCAGCUGUACCGCAUACAUCGCGUGCCCGUAAAGAUGGUGAAACCGACGGACAAGAUUACCAUUUCAUAACGCGGGCACAAUUCGAAGCGGAUAUACUAUCGCGGAAAUUCGUAGAACAUGGUGAAUAUGAGAAAGCAUAUUAUGGAACAUCUCUGGAUGCAAUCCGUUCCGUUGUAAAUAGUGGGAAAAUAUGUGUACUAAAUUUACAUCCACAAAGCUUACGAAUUCUGCGUACGUCAGAUUUAAAACCGUACGUGGUAUUUGUGGCACCACCAUCCUUUGAAAAAUUACGACAGAAGCGAGCUCGUGCGGGUGAGGCUUACAAGGAGGAUGAACUACGUGAUAUUAUUGAUAAAGCAGGUGAAAUGGAGGAUAAAUAUGGACAUUUCUUUGAUUUAGUUAUUGUUAAUAAUGAUACGGAACGGGCGUAUCAUCAAUUGUUAGCCGAAAUUAAUAGUUUGGAAAGAGAACCACAAUAUGUUCCUGCUGCUUGGGUGAAAGGGAUGUAGAACAAAAAGUUUUCAUUUUCCAAUUUAUUUUAUAAUCUUUUUUGUGUUUUUGUUAAUUAUUCUAGCGAUGAAAAUGCAUUUUUUCAAAUAUUUUGUUCAUAAUUCUCUUCGGGAUCUUCUUCCGAAAAUAUGCGUUUGAUCUUCGAUACGAUAGAUUUUAUAGUAGGCUCGGAUCUAGGGGAAACAUGUUGUACGGAUUUUUCAUGAAAUCUAGCCCAGUAUUUAGCCCAAGUAGCUCAAUCUUUGAUACCAAUUUGAUACCAAGAGUAGUUUUUUUACUUCCGAAGUUUAUUUUUCAAAAACAAAAAACCCUUUUUGGGGGAAAAUAUUUAUAAGUCACGUUAAAAAAUCCGAUUCAGAUGAAUAAGAAUUAAUAGAAAAUCAAAUUUUCCGUUCAAACUCAUAAAAUUUUUUUAAGAAACUUGCUAUUGGAAAUUUCCAAUUAAUUUUAUUAGAAUCCAACCGGGAAUUUUCGAUUCAAUCAUGGAUGAAUCGGAUUACUCAAAUUGGAAAAGUAAUUGGCUGUGAUAAACGGGUAAAAGGCUUUGCUUUUUGUUCGAGAAAUUGGUAAAGAAACAACUGCUGUCACAUUGCUUGGGUCGUAAAUUUUAUCUGUGUAUUACCAAAUACCAUCUGCUCACAUCCAAAUAGAUGUACACAUUAUCUCCCAGAAUCCGCGGCUACUUCAAGGCAAAUCAAUUUUUAUGGCAACGUAAAAUAUUUAUUGAUUUUAGCCAACUAUUUUCUGUUCAAGAUAAACUAUCGUAAAUUAUAAAAAAAUUUAAAUUACAGAAGAGUUCAUCUUCUUUGCAAUAAAAUCUGUGAUUUCUUUUUCGUGAUUAUGAACAAAAUAUCUGCGUCAAAAUUAAGGAAACGGAACAAUAAUCGUUCCGACUUCUUUUGUAUUUAAUAUUUUUAUUUUGUUAUGUUUAAUGGAAAUA